AUGGCCGGCCCCGUCCCCACCGCGUCGUCCCUCGCCGACGUCUACACCGAAGAUGCCCUCCCCGUCCAGACGAAGCGCUGGAACGCGCUGCUUGACCAGUUCGAGGUGCAAUACGGCCACCCCGCCACCUUCGUCGCCCGCUCGCCGGGUCGCGUGAACAUCAUCGGCGAGCACAUCGACUACUCCCUCUACUCCGUCCUGCCUAUGGCCAUCACCGCCGACGCCAUCCUCGCCGUCUCCGUCGACGAAACUCCCUCCGACUCGCCCACCUUCAAGCUCCAAGUCGCAAACCUUCAAGGCGACAAGUUCCCCGCCCGCACCUUCGAAGUCGACGUCAACGGUGAUGUGACCAUCGACGCCAAGGUCCACGAGUGGUCCAACUACUUCAGGAGCGGUCUCCGCGGCGCUCUCGAGCUCCUGCGCCGCAAGCGCGGCCCUGGCUUCAGGCCGCAGGGCAUGAAGGUCCUGAUGGAUGGUUCCGUCCCCAUUGGUGGUGGUCUCAGCUCCAGCGCUGCUUUUACCAGCGUCUCGGCCUUGGCUGUCAUGCGCGCCAACGGCGAAGAGACGAUUGACAAGACGGAGCUGACCGAGCUCGCCAUUGUCAGCGAGCGCGCCGUCGGUGUCAACUCUGGCGGUAUGGAUCAGUCGGCCUCCGUCUUCUCCCAGCGCGGAUCCGCCCUCUUCGUCUCCUUCACCCCAUCUCUGACCGCCCGCAACGUCUUCUUCCCCAAGACCAACCCGGAACUCUCCUUUGUCAUCGCCCAGUCCUUCGUCACCUCCAACAAGCAGGUCACCGGGCCCAUCCACUACAACCUCCGCGUCGUCGAGUGCAGCAUGGCGGGUGCCUUCCUCAACGCAGCCCUCAACCCCGCCGGCACCAAGCUUCCCAAGGACGCCUCCCCUCUUGGCAUCUCUAUCCACGGAUUCCACGACGCCUACUUCGCCAACCACGACCAGCCCCACUCCGAGAGUGCGUCGACAGAGGAGGCCGCCGAGUCCCAGCUGCGCGUGCUGAUUGACGUCACCCGCAAGACGCUCACCAGUGAGGAGGGAUACACACGUGAGGAGAUCGCCAAGGUCCUGGGUGUGUCUGUGGAGGAGCUCGAGCAGAUUUUCAUGUCCAAGCUAUCUGUCCGCGCAGAGCGUUUCAAGCUGCGCCAGCGUGCCCUGCACGUCUUCGAGGAGGCCCUGCGCGUGCUGCAGUUCAUGAAGGUGCUCGAGAAAGAGGCCCCCACCGACAGCGCCGACACGACAGCGUACAACAAGCGCCUCGGCGAGCUUCUCAACGAGACGCAGGUCUCGUGCCGCGACCUGUACGAGUGCAGUGCCCCUGAGAUCGACGAGCUCUGCCGAAUCGCUGUCGAGAACGGAUCGUAUGGAAGCAGACUUACUGGUGCUGGCUGGGGAGGUUGCACCGUCCACAUGGUGCCUGCUGAUAGAGUGGCUGCCGUUAAGGAGGCGUGGGAGAAGGAGUACUACUCUAAGCGUGACCUCACUGAGGAGCAGAAGGAGGGUGCUGUAGUUGUGAGCAAGCCCGGCAGUGGAGCUGUCACAUACUUGCUCAAGGAAGGUGUCUUGUAA